AUUUCAACAUAUGGAUUUCCUCAAAGAGUUUCUUGUUUUGCUCUAAGUAAAAGUUUUGGAUUUUUAGCAAUUGGAACUAGAGAUGGAAGGCUGCAAAUGUAUAUAUACACCAAAUUGUUCCCAAAUAAAUAUCCAAAUUGAAUUUCCAAUAAUUUCUGUUUAUUUUCUGGAUUCUUCCAAAACUAUUAUUAUUCGCUGCAAUGACCUUACAAAAACAAAAUUUGCUUUAUUUAAAUUCUUUUUCUACAAAAUUGUUAAUAAUGAAUUGAAAUUAAUUAAAGAUUAUGAUCCAAUGCCAAAUGAAAUUUAUAAUACUUCACAAUCUUUUAAAUGUUGCAAAUGUUUGAAUGAAAAUGGAAGCUCUGCUUUGCUUUUAGGAACCAGUUUUGGCAAUAUUUACACUAUUUGGGCUUCUCCUUCAACUUUUAACUUUUCCUUCAACUUUCAAAAUACAGCUUUGUCCAAAGUUGAGGAAUUAAAAACACAACAAAACAGAUCAAUUACCGACAUCUCCAUUAAUUCUUUAAAUGAAAAUAAAAUUGUUUUGCUAUUCAAUAAUUUUAUAAUUAUUGUUUUUGACAAUGCUAAAAAUGUUGUUUUGAACAAAAUUGUUGUUUCUUGCGCUAUCACGGUUAUUUUUUAAUUUUUAUUUUCUUUUUUUCGUCGUUGACAGAAAUUAGUUUUUCUCCUUUUUUGGUUUUU